GAGCGGAGGGUGGCCGAGGACUGGCACUGCAGAGGCGGCGGCUGGAAUCGCGGAAGGACGCAGGCGGGCGCCCGCAGGGGAGUCCACCAUGACGCGCCCGCUGCUCCCGCUGCUGCGCCUUCUCCUCCUCUACCACGUCCCCGGGCUGUGCGCAGGGGAGCGAAGCAGCAGCAGCGCCAUGGAGGAGAUCGACACGGAGCAAGAAGCGGAGGAGAGUCACCGGCAGGACAGCGUGAGCCUCCUGACGUUCAUCCUGCUGCUCACGCUCACCAUCCUCACCAUCUGGCUCUUCAAGCAUCGCCGAGUUCGCUUCCUCCAUGAGACUGGCCUGGCCAUGAUCUACGGAUUGAUUGUUGGAGUGAUCCUGAGAUACGGCAUCCCUCCCACCAGUGGUCAUGAUAAGCCACUCAGCUGUUCCCAAGAAGAUCGGGCUUUCACCACCCUCUUGGUCAACAUCAGUGGGAAAUAUUUUGAAUAUACUUUAAAAGGUGAAAUAAGCCCUGGAAAAAUACACAACGUGGAACAGAAUGACAUGUUGCGCAAAGUAACUUUUGAUCCAGAGGUUUUCUUCAACAUCCUCCUGCCUCCCAUUAUUUUCCAUGCUGGCUAUAGUUUGAAGAAGAGGCACUUCUUCAGAAAUCUGGGGUCUAUUCUGACUUAUGCCUUCUUGGGAACUGCAGUCUCUUGUUUUAUUAUUGGGAAUCUUAUGUAUGGUGUGGUAAAAUUAAUGAACCUGGUAGGACAGCUCUCAGAUAAAUUUUACUACACAGAUUGUCUUUUCUUUGGAGCCAUUAUAUCUGCUACUGAUCCAGUUACUGUACUGGCAAUUUUUAAUGAGCUUCAUGCUGAUGUUGAUCUCUAUGCACUACUGUUUGGAGAGAGUGUCCUAAAUGAUGCUGUUGCUAUCGUACUGUCUUCUUCUAUUGUAGCAUAUCAGCCCACAGGGGGCAAUGCCCAUGCUUUUGAUGCAGCAGCGUUUUUUAAAUCCGUCGGUGUCUUCCUUGGCAUCUUCAGUGGUUCUUUCAUGAUGGGACUAGUGACCGGCGUUGUGACAGCACUGGUAACCAAGUUUACAAAGCUGCACUGCUUUCCCUUGCUGGAGACGGCGCUCUUUUUUUUGAUGUCUUGGAGUACAUUCUUGUUGGCUGAAGCUUGUGGUUUUACAGGUGUGGUGUCUGUUUUAUUCUGUGGAAUCGCGCAAGCUCACUACACAUACAAUAAUCUAUCAGUUGAGUCAAGAAGCCGAACCAAGCAGCUCUUUGAAGUUCUGCAUUUCCUGGCUGAAAACUUCAUAUUUUCUUAUAUGGGCUUAGCCCUUUUUACUUUCCAAAAGCAUGUCUUCAGUCCAGUUUUCAUCAUUGGAGCUUUUAUUGCUGUCUUCCUGGGGCGAGCUGCUCACAUCUAUCCACUCUCUUUCUUCUUGAAUUUGGGCAGAAGGCACAAGAUCAGCUGGAAUUUUCAGCAUAUGAUGAUGUUUUCAGGUCUGAGAGGGGCCAUGGCAUUUGCUCUAGCCAUACGAGACACGGCAACUUACGCUCAUCAGAUGAUGUUUUCCACAACUCUCCUCAUUGUCUUCUUUACUGUGUGGAUCGUUGGUGGAGGCACAACACCCAUGCUGUCAUGGCUAAAUAUAAGAGUUGGCGAACACAUUCCAUCGGUAGAAGAGAUGAAUGAAAGCCGCUGGCAGUACUUCAGAGUUGGCGUUGACCCAGAUCAAGACCCACCACCCACGAAUGACAGCUUUCAAGUCUUGCAAGGAGAUGGUCCAGAAGCUGAACAAAGGAACCAGGCAAAAAAGGAAAGUGUUUGGAUCUUCAGGCUCUGGUACAGCUUUGACCACAAUUACCUCAAGCCCAUUCUUACACACAGUGGCCCUCCGCUGACAACAACUCUUCCAAGUUGGUGUGGAUUGCUAGCACGUUGCUUGACCAGUCCCCAAGUUUAUGAGAACCAGGAGCAGCUUAGAGAUGAAGAUGCUGAUUUUAUCUUGAAUGACAGUGACCUGACAUUAACAUACGGAGACACGACAAUAACUGCUAAUGGUUCCUCUGGGUCACAUGCUGCUAAUACUAGCCUUGAUGGCAGGAAGACCAAAAGUAGCUCUGAGGAGGCCUUGGAGCAUGAUUUGGGAACAGAAGCACCUGAAGUGAUGAGCAGAGGCACUCGACUGGUAUUUCCAUUGGAUGCAUGAUGAAUGGCCCAAUGGCAAUGCAGCAAUCAGCCCCAUGCCCAAGGAUGUUGGCAGUUCCCUGGUGUCGUGUCGGCGGCGCAGGCGCUAUGCGAGCUUCAUGUCUCUUCUUCAAGUGGGUUAAGAAUCGGACGAUGCCCUCCCCUCCCCAUCCACACUUUUAAAAAGGCUGACAAUGCCUAAACUGGAGAAGUGAAAGUUUGGUCAGGCUCUUGCUUUAAAAAUGUACACUUGAACUUAAAAAGCAGCAUGUUGUAAUCAUCUCAUUCUGCUGCUGCACCAAACUUUUAACUAGACGUAUGGGAAUAGUAACUGCAACGAUGGCUAGAGUAAUAAAGAGCCACCAGGAGCUUUCAGCCCAGAAAGCAUGGGAGAUCAGUCUGAUCUCAGUAUUAGUUAUAGGUGACAUAAACGGUGCAAUGUUUGACUUAUACUUGAAAACUGUAGAUGCAAAAGAAGCCAUCACACAUUCUCAAUUUUUAUCUGGGACUAGGUGUUGAAAACAAAGCUCCAUGUCAUUUCAAAGGAUAUUAAAAGAAAUCCUUCAUAUUAGUAACGUUUAGUAUUAAAGUAUUAUGUGAUUCACAAGGGGAAAGAAAGAAGCAAUAUGCAUGUUUCUCUUAACCUCUGGACAACUUGUUGAAAAAUUCUGUAAGAGUCCUGUAGCUGCAAAUUCCAUCUGUUUGCCGUCCACAAUUUACAUUUCCUGCCUUGUGUCUUAAUACACUCUAGUUUUAUAGCUAAACCUUCCUGGGGGAAAUCACUGGUCAUUCUGUGACCAAUGUAAAAAGUGACAUUCCUCCAACAGAGCUGUGAAGAAACAGUGUUGAAUAAAUGCAUUGUUGGGCUCUGACCCCCAUCACCCACAGCUAACGCGGUCAAUGGUUUCUAGCUGGGGGUGAUGAAGUUACAGGUAAACACAUCUGGACAGCAGAAGGUUGGGGAAGGUUGCAGGGACAGGACUGUGGCCACUGUUUCCUGUGCUGUGAAGGUAAAAUACAUACAAGGCCACUGAAAGCCAUGCCAUUCUGGCAUUUGACCAAGGAGUCCUGUCUGAAGCCCUGUGCCCCACACCUGUAAAGUGCAAGAGCACCUGCAGCACCUUUCUGCUCACUGCCUGCUCCCCAGCUCAGGGGACCAGAGGCAAAACCAUACUGAAAUUGCUUAUGUGUGGUAGGGUGCUCUAACAUGGCACAGUGCCGUAUACUUUAGAUGCGACUUGCUUAUCAAAACCCAACAGUGAGGGAUUUAAAAGUAUUUUUCUUUCUCUCCCUUACAAACCUUGUACACGAGGAAUGAGGUUUGUUUGUGUCUUUGUUUUGGAAAGCCAGAGGUUAAACCAAUUAACUUUUGUAAAUAUAUUUAUGAUCAUAGCAGUGAAGUACCUCCAUAGAAAGAAAAGGCGUGAAGACCUUCAAGGCCAAUGGCCUAAAGUACCACGUUUUAUGAUGAGAGUCCUAUACAAGCCUUCAGCUAACCAUUCUACUAUUUUGAUGAAUAUCAAUACACAUUUUAUCCCUAUUAUAUGGCAUUUAGGCAAGACAACCAUUUUAGUAAUAGUUGAUGCACUGUCGGUGGCACCACAAUUGAUCAGUGAUACGUAAAAAAAAAUUCCUGAUGAACAAGUGGUUCAAAAAUUUACAGAACUGGGCUCUUAAAUAUUAUUAUGAAUAAUAAAGACUAAUGCUAAUUCAGUUUGACUAAUGCUUUUCAGUCAUGGUGCCAGUAAUUUUGUUACAGUUUGACUUACCACACUGUACAGAUUUAAGAAGUGUAACAAAAGAGUGAUCUGUGAAUGUCGAAGAAUUAAUUUUGCCAUAUUGUCCAAAGUCAAUUUUUAAUACUCUGCCUCAUAUAUGUAAGGUUUGCUGGAAACUUUUCCCCACCUUUACUUGAUGUCUUCUUUAAACAGAGAAUUGCAUUAAACUUGGCCUAUUUACUUCGAAUUGGAAUUU